AUAAAAAAUCGGACUUGGCAACCCUGAUAUUUGCAUUAUCUAGUUUUUAUCUUUGUUUGAAAAAUAUUUUUUAUCUUUAUUAAGUGAACAUUUUGUUUUCAUUUUUUUUAAAUGUUAUUCGUAAUAAUAUGAAACCUUCGUCUAAUUAGUUCUGGUGGUAAAUUAUAAAAUCCACUGUUAUACAUACAUAUCUGUCACGCCAGUUUACCUUUAGAGUAGGCAGAGCUGUUGUAUUACAGAAAUACAUCGACUAUUUCUGUAUCUUUCUGCUCUAUGGAAUUAUUAAAACAAUGGCACACUAUGAAGAUAUAGUUGAAGAAAAUGGUGAACUUAAGUGUAUACUGUGUAUGGAUCGGAUACCUGACAACAAAAGUUGUAUUGAAGAUCAUUUAAAUGGCGAUAAACAUAAACAUCAAAUUGUUCAAAAGGUAUUGGUAAAAAAUGGUAUGGUUUUCAAUAAUAACAAUAUUAGCUGUUUGCUUUGUAAUCAGACUAAUAUACCAUUACUAAAUGGUGGAUAUCAUAUAAACAACAGUUCAGUCCAUCAAAAGCUUUUGGAACAAAUUAAAGAGAUUGUUGAAAAAGAUGGUGCAUUUCUCAAUUUACCAAAUGAUGUGAAUAAUGAUAAGGUCCAUUGUUUAAUAUGUGAUGUUUAUUUUUCUUUCAAUUUGUAUAAUAUUGAAAAUCAUAUAAAUUCAGAUUUACACAGAAGAGCUCGAUCGAUUGUAGUCCAACCAUUGAAUGGAAUUUUCUCCGUGGAAGAUAGUGAUGGAGACCUUUGGUGUAAGAUCUGCCCAACAUACUUUGGUAAUUAUAUAGAAGCUAUAUUUCAACAUGUCGACAAUGAUAAGAAUCAUAAGUUGGAACUUCGUAAGCUUUUAAAAUUGGUAGAAGGGCAGAACAUAAGUAUAGAGAAAUUUUUAAUUGAUCCUAAAGAAUAUAAUGCUAUUUGUGAGAAAUGUGAUACUAAAGUGCCAUGCAAUUUAGAUAAUCUUGAAAGACAUAUCAAAGGUGAAAGACAUCGAAAGUAGUACUAUUGUUUUAUAAAAUUAUUAAUUAAAAACAAGUUUUUGUGCCUUUUACAGCCCUACACUUGUGUAUAAACUUAUUUUAGUUAUGGGAUCUUUGGAUAAUUUUUAAAUGUUGUUUUGAUUCUGAUCCUGAUAUAGGGACUAAUUUUUGUAUUUGUAGCUAAUAUAAAUUUUAUAAUAUAGAUCUAGAAGAUUUAUCAGCUAGUCAAAUAUAUAACCAUAUUGAAAAAUAACUUUAUUGUUAUAUUCUAUAUUAUGAUAUUAAAGGAAUAAUCUAUUUGUA